AGCGUCCCUUGAGCCAGGACCACACAGCUGUGCCCAGCCCUGUGAGGCUUCUCCCAGCCCUGGGGGACCCCUGGGGCCCUGCCCUUAUUCCCCAAGACCAGGACAGCAGCUGCCUCUGAUCACAAUGAACAUCAUUCUCUCCAGGGACAGCCAGGUGCGGGUGAUGGAGGACAUGGUGACCAAUGCUGAGAAGUCCUUCGGUCAGUUCUGCUCACUGCUGGCCGCCUACACCCGCAAGACAGCCCGGCUGCGUGACAAGGCCGACCAGCUGGUCAAACAGCUCAUCAACUUCGCCAAUAUGGAGAACCCAGAAAUGCGGGCCACCCUGAGGAACUUCGCUGAGGACUUGGCCAAAGUGCAAGAUUAUAGGCAAGCUGAGGUAGAGAGGCUGGAGACCAAGGUCGUCAACCCCCUGAAGUUCUAUGGGGUGCAAAUAAAGCAGACCCGGGCUGAGAUCAAGAAAUUCAAAAGUGUCCGGAACAAUGAGAUCAAACAACUGGAAAAACUGGAGAAACUGAGGCAGAAAUCCCCCUCGGAUAGACAGACCAUCUCUCAGGCAGAGACCAGCGUGCAGAGGGCCUCAGUGGAUGCCAGCCGCACUUCCCACCAGCUGGAGGAGACAGUGGACACCUUCCAGAAGCAGAAGCUGAAGGACAUUCAGAAAAUUUUUUUGGACUUUGUGACCAUUGAGAUGGUCUUCCAUGCCAAAGCAGUGGAGGUGUAUUCCAGUGCCUUCCAGACUCUGGAGAGCUAUGACCUGGAGAAAGAUCUGGAGGAUUUUAGAGCCAAGAUGCACGGAGUUUAUGGGCGUUACGAUGCUCGGCCACCACUCACGGACACCACCCUGUCCCCAGCUCUCCCAUGGUCUCUUGCCCGGAGUGCUCAGAGCACCAUACAGAGCCAGAGAAAGGAAGCAGUGAGUGAGGACGACUCUGCUGAGGAGGACCCCGUGGAGGACCUCAGGGGACAGGCACAGCAGCCCCAUCAGUAGGACGAGAACCCCCAGUCAGGAGCUGUCUCAGCCCCACUGAGAGUCCCUGAAGGAAGAUGACUUUGCUUGUUCAUCUUGUGGUCCUGGAGCCUGGUGGUACCUGGCACAUAGUAUGAGCUCACUGAAGGUAAGUUGGUGGCAUAAGGGGCCUCUCCCCUCCCCUUCUGGCCCCAGCAUGCCCGGAAAAGACCAAUCGUCCCUAAUUCCAGAGUUGGCCAUUGGCCAAGAUUCAUGGGCUCUCUCCUGUGAGAACAAAAUCCCUAGCUUCCCUCCUUUGGGCCCAGGAGGUGGGACGAGGAGGGGUGAGCAAGGGCAGAAGGAGCAUAGCUUUCAGGUUCUCUUAGAACCGGAAGGAGAAAAAGGUGACCAUUUCACAAAACAUGCCUGUUGAACUGAGCCUUAAGGGCUGACAAAAGUGUCCUGUUGCUGUCAGGCAG